CUUCAUGGACACAGCUACAGACUUCUACACUUGUGCAGGUGGAGGAGCACUCUGUGGCAGUCCUAUCUUUAUGUGUGCUUUAGCUUUGCAGCAUUUUCAUGAAGUAGACAUAUUUGCAUGUUGUAAAUAAUUCCUGCCAUGUCAUCUUCUCAGUUUAACAACACUAUUGAACAGCAGUAUUCGAAUUCCCUGGAAAUAUUUGUUUUCUCCCUCCUGUCUACGGUCCCGGCCUGCCUUUUUCUCUUCAUUAAUGGCACCUUGAUGUUCAGCCUGAGGAGCAAACCUGUGCUGCGAUACACCUGCCGUUAUAUUCUUCUGUAUAACCUCCUUGUUGCAGAUACAGCUCAGCUGGUGGUGACUCAGGUCCUGUCUCUACUUGCUAUCUCCAGAGUCAAACUGACAUACGGCGUCUGUGGCACCAUCACUACCAUAGCCAACCUUACCUCUGGAAUUUCUCCCCUCAUCCUGGUGGUGAUGUCUCUGGAGAGAUAUGUAGCUGUGUCCUACCCUCUCAGGCAUGCUUCCAUCAUCACCAUCAAAAACACAGCAGUGGCAAUUAUUGCAACCUGGACUGUCAGUUCCCUCAAUAAUGUCACCAGAAACCUGUUCUUAUUAGAAUUUGAAAACCUUGGUAGUGUCAUGAUGAAAGACUUUUGCUCUGAUGUUGCUUGGUUUCCGAAUUCGUUGUGUGAAUAUUAUGAUAAGGUAUACACUGCUUUUGUGUUUAUUUCAGCCGGCUUGACUGUCAUUUUCUCUUAUGCUGGCGUUGUGAUUGCAGCCAAUUCAGCCUCUACAGAUAAAGCAUCUGCCCUUAAAGCCCGUAAGACUCUGCUGUUGCACAUCAUCCAGCUAGGACUCAGUCUGUCCUACACCAUUUACUACCCACUGCUCAUAGCUCUGGCCGGGUCUGUAAAAAGAGUAGUAUUUGUCUGGGUCCAGCGGGUGUUUUAUGUGUUUAUUAUCAUUCUACCGAGGUGCUUGACUUCUUUAAUUUAUGGCCUCAGAGAUAAGACCAUCAGACCUGUUCUAUUACAGCAUUUAUGCUGCAAAAGAAAAGCCUUAUCUGAAACAGUCACGUGAUGCAAAGUCAGCUUUAUUUUCAUGAACAAAAAAAACAAACACAUUUUUAUUUUUAUCUAUGAAGAAGAAUGUAUGGACGUAAAAAUACCCUAGCAGUUUGAGACAAUAGAAAAGUGUUUGGUUGAUAUGAAAAGAGGAGAUCUCUCUGCCCUUAAUAUUUCAGAUCUUAGAAUCCUGAAAUUAAUUUGUUUGCACAAAUAUAUAAACAUAUCUGGAACUGUUUUAGAUCAACUAUGCAAGCCAAAACCCCUUUUGGUUGGUCCUGAAUCCAAAGGUAGGCUUUAUAUCAGCCUUUUAUUUAUUUUUUAUAACAAACUUUUUUAGCUGAAUAAAACUUUUCUAUUUUCUCACUGUAUGAUGUUCUAGUUAAAGUUUGUGCAUUUCUGUAAAUUGUACAUUGCCAGCAGAA